AGGAGAAAGGUGUAGUUUUUGAGAGUUAGAGAGAGUUAUUUGAAUGAAUGAAUGAAAAGAAAAGGAGAGAGAGGGUAGAAAGAAACAAGGAGAAAAUCCAGAAUUCGGAUGUGUGGGUGGUUAACUGUUUAUGUGUUGCUUUAGCGACAAAAUAGAAAAGAAGAGAGAGUGAGAGAGAAAAGAAAGAAGCAAAAGAGAAGAAAGAAAGAAAGAAAAGAGAGAGAAGAAGGGACAGCUGUGGAAGGAGGGGUUGUGGUCCCCACCACAAAAUCUUUCUUCUCCCGCCUUCGCGCUUCUUGAAUCCCCUCAUCUCUUCUUCUUCUUCUUGUUCUUGUUUUCUUAUCACACCCCACUUACUUGGGAGAAACUAAUGUUGUGGUGCUGCCAUUAUUCUUGAUAUGGACACCCCAGAGAGGAACCAGAUCAGUGCUACCCUCUCCAAGUUUGAGGAUUCACCUGUUUUCAAUUAUAUCAACAGUUUGUCUCCUAUAAAGCCCGUUAAGUCUGUUCCCAUUAGUCAGACUUUCAAUUCACUGAGCUUUUCGUCACCUCCUUCCGUUUUCACAUCACCCCACGUCAGCUGUCUCAAGGAAUCUAGAUUUCUCAGAAGACAUAUCCCAUUGGGCACAUCAAAGCCUAAGAUUUCUUCUGAAGAUGUAAAUAAAGUUCACACAAUUGAAGAGGCUCUUGCAGAUUCUAAACGUGCGCGUCAUAACAAGGGUGAAUCACAGAACACUGAAAAAGGGAUUUCUCUUGGAGAUGCUUCAAUUGAGCACAUAAAAUUCUCAGUUGAACCACAGCAAACUUUAAAGUAUGACACUUGCGGUAGCCCCGGCUAUGAUGAGGAUAACACUCUUUUGGAAUUGCCCGGUGAGGCAGCAGCAGCAGGUGCUUGUAAAACUGAUUCAGUUGAGAGUGAAGUGCAUCUUCAGGAAAUGUGUCAGAUGGAGCCAAAGAGUGAAGAUCCAGACUGUUAUUGGGAUAGUUUAAUUCCUGAUGGCUCUGAUAUGCUAAUUUUUAAUUCCCCAGGUGAAGCAGAAGCUUUUAAGGGUCUGAUGCACAAACCGUUGGAUCCUUCUAUACGACUGAGCGAUUUUAUGUCUGUGGUGCCACUUUCUGCCGUCCAUAAUGGUAGGAAAAUGUUCAUUGUUGAUUCGGUUGCUUCAGGUUCUGAACAUGAGAUUGGAGAUCACUGUUCUGAGCCAACGAUAACAGCCACGGACACGGAUCAAACACGGGAGAAUCUUGCCGAUGUUGUUUUGGUGACUAGCAAUUAUAACGAGAACGCAAAUGAUCAGCUUGUUUCUGUCACGCACCGUGCCAUAAGGAGGCGUUGUCUGGACUUUGAGAUGGCCAAUGUGCAAAAGAAGAACUCUGAUGAUAAUUCAAACGCCGGUUCAAGUACAUCAGAGUCCGAUGAGAGGAAUGUUGCCAAUGAAAAGCAACUUCUUCCAGCAAAACUCAAUGGGAAUUUUCAGAGGGGAAUUUUGCAGGGAAUUGGUCUACACCUGAAUGCACUUGCUGCCUUGAAAGAAUACAAGGGCAUACAAAUUGAAAAUUUGUCUUCUGGAAGACAACUCAGCCUGCCCAACUCUACUUCUUUGCAAAUCUCUACAACCCAAGAACAGCAGCAUCUUUCAAUGGUACCUGUUUCAUCUGAAAGAGAAUUGGAUUCGUCGGACAAUGGGGUUCAGCCUACCGAAGAUUGUUCCCAGCCAUCGGUUUACAUGACUGGUGAAGACUUCAAUAGGAAUAGUCCCAGAAAGAAAAAACGUAAGAUGGAGACACCUGGCGAAACUGAGGGUUGUAAGCGCUGCAACUGCAAGAAGUCGAAGUGUUUGAAGCUUUACUGCGAGUGUUUUGCUGCUGGUGUCUACUGCAUAGAACCCUGCUCCUGUCAGGAUUGCUUCAACAAACCUGUUCAUGAAGACACUGUUCUUCAAACUCGCAAGCAGAUUGAAUCUCGCAACCCUCUUGCAUUUGCUCCAAAAGUCAUCAGAAGUGCUGAUUCUGUUCCUGAAAUUGGGGAUGAUCCAAAUAAAACUCCGGCUUCAGCACGACACAAAAGAGGAUGCAACUGCAAAAAAUCCAGCUGCCUAAAGAAAUACUGUGAAUGUUAUCAGGGUGGUGUCGGUUGCUCCAUUGGCUGUAGAUGUGAAGGGUGCAAGAAUGCUUUUGGCAGAAAAGAUGGUUCUGCUCCUGUAGGCAUAGAAACUGAGCAAGAAGAAACGGAAGCAAGUGACAAGGGUGUGGCAGAAAAAGCUUCACAGAAAACUGAAAUUCAGAACACCGAAGAGCAUCUGGAUUCUGCUACUGUAUCAACACCAUUACGACUUUCCAGGCCUUUGCUUCCGUUGCCCUUUUCAUCAAAGGGAAAAGCACCAAGAUCCUUUGUUACCACCAUCUCAGGCUCUGCAUUGUUUGGCAGCCAAAAGCUUGGGAAGCCAAACUCUCUUUGGCCUCAAUCUAAGCAUUUUCAAACUGUCCCAGAUGAUGAAAUGCCAGAGAUUCUCCUAGGUGAUACCUCUCCGGUCACAUGCAUCAAAACUUCUUCUCCAAAUGGCAAGAGGAUCUCCUCUCCCAGCUGUGACUUGGGAUCAUCUCCUAGUCGCAGAGGUGGCAGGAAGUUGAUAUUACAGUCCAUUCCUUCAUUUCCUUCUCUCACCCCUCACCCUUAGAAUGGGUUCUUUUUUUGGUUGUAAGUUAGUUCCCCUCUUCCCUGUUAAUCAUGUUUUUAGUUUGUUGCAAUAGAAGCCACGCCUUAGUCUUUUUUAUGUAUAUUGAUCUCCGUUUUACUUUGGUAAUAAUAUGUUGCAUUCCUUGGAUAAUGUACUAUUUAAGUAAUAGUUAUGAUCAUUCCUGGUGAUUAAUCUUUA